AUGUCUUACGGUGGAUACGGAGGAUCUCGUGGAGGAUCCAACGGGUACGAUUUCGGUCGCGAUUCUCAAAGCCGUGGCAAAUACUCCAGUGGCUAUUCCAACGGGUAUGACAACCUAUGUGGAUACGCCGGUGGACAAGGUUACGGAGAAGGCGGUGGCGGGAAUGUCAAUGGAUUCUCUGGAGGCAGUUACGGAGGAGGAAAUGGAUACGGCAGCGGAGGUCAAGGUGGAGAUCGUAUGUCCAACCUUGGUGCCGGUUUGAAGCAGCAGCAUUGGGAUCUCAACAACCUUCCAAAGUUCGAGAAGUCUUUCUACAAGGAGGAUCCUCUGGUUUCUUCCAGAUCCGAGGCCGACGUCAUCAAAUUUAGAAACCAACAUGGCAUUUCAGUCCAAGGACGAGAUGUCCCGCGACCAGUCGAAACCUUUGACGAGGCUGGCUUCCCUGCAUAUGUUAUGAGUGAAGUCAAGGCUCAAGGCUUCCCUGCACCCACCGCAAUCCAGUCUCAAGGUUGGCCCAUGGCUCUCUCUGGACGUGAUGUUGUUGGUAUUGCUGAGACUGGUUCCGGAAAGACUUUGACAUACUGUCUCCCAGCCAUCGUUCAUAUCAACGCCCAACCGCUUCUUGCACCAGGAGAUGGCCCCAUUGUCCUGGUCUUGGCUCCUACUCGUGAGUUGGCCGUUCAGAUUCAACAAGAAAUCACCAAAUUCGGCAAGUCUUCUCGCAUUCGCAACACCUGUGUUUAUGGAGGCGUUCCCAAGGGUGGACAAAUCCGUGACCUCGCAAAGGGUGUAGAAGUUUGCAUUGCCACCCCGGGCCGUCUCAUCGAUAUGCUGGAGUCUGGGAAGACCAACCUCCGCCGAGUAACCUACCUCGUUCUUGACGAGGCUGAUCGUAUGUUGGACAUGGGUUUCGAACCACAAAUUCGUAAGAUUCUUGGUCAGAUUCGCCCCGACCGACAAACUUGCAUGUGGUCUGCUACAUGGCCAAAGGAAGUCCGUGCUCUUGCAUCCGAUUACCUGAAUGAUUUCAUUCAGGUCAACAUAGGAUCCAUGGAACUCUCUGCUAACCACAGAAUCACACAAAUUGUUGAAGUUGUAUCCGAGUUUGAGAAGCGAGACAAGAUGACUAAACACCUUGAGAAGAUCAUGGAGGAUAAGGACAACAAGAUUCUGAUCUUCACGGGAACCAAACGUGUUGCUGACGAUAUCACACGCUUCCUCAGACAAGACGGGUGGCCCGCGCUGUCGAUUCACGGUGAUAAGCAACAGAAUGAGCGUGAUUGGGUCUUGAACGAGUUCAAGACUGGAAAGAGUCCCAUCAUGGUUGCCACUGAUGUGGCUUCCCGUGGUAUUGGUAUGAUUGAAACCCCCUUCCCCUGCACAGCAACGGCCAGCCGCCUACACAGUAGUGCUUUACUCUCGACGCUCACGCGUUCCCCUGAUUGCGUUAAUUUGCCUGGGCUCUUUCGUGUCUUUUGGUUCUCUUUCAUAGGGUGUCUUGGAUCUUCGGUGAAGCAUAACUCAUGCUGCACUUAUGUUCGCAACAUUACCCACGUGUUGAAUUAUGAUUACCCGAAUAACUCGGAGGAUUAUAUUCAUCGCAUUGGUCGUACUGGUCGUGCUGGUGCAAAGGGUACUGCUAUUACCUUUUUCACAACUGACAAUCAAAAGCAGGCUCGUGAUCUAGUUGCUGUUCUUACCGAGGCAAAGCAACAGAUUGAUCCCCGACUUGCCGAGAUGACUCGAUACGGCGGUGGAGGCGGUGGAGGCGGCAGAUAUGGCGGAGGUGGAUAUCGUGGGGGUCGUGGAGGUGGCCGUGGAGGUGGUCGUUGGUAAAUAGGGGGAUUCACCUCUUCCAACUCUGCUCCUCUUGGAGGGAACAGGCGCUGGUAGGGGUUCUCGUUCACAGUCGAGCGACCGACAUUGCUCUC